AUGACGAGUAACUGGCUAACAGAUCUCGAAGAAAAAGAGGUUUUAGAACCUAAUCUGGCUCUCAGGUUACAAUCCAAACUCAUUAAACGCAUAGCGGAAUUUUUAGAUUCACGAGAUCGAUACAAUUUAUGUUUGGUUAAUAAGACAUGGUCUCCAACUGCUAUGAAUGUAUUAUGGUCAGAGCCAAUUUUCAAAACGCCAGAUUCUCUUGACUCCUUUCUCCGUGCGGUCAAACAAUCAAAACAACGUGCUUUAAGAGUACGCGUUCUCAACCUAUGUGCUCCAGAUGAAAGCGUCACAAAUUCUUUUGCGCCAGUUUUGAGCUCUGAACAUCCUGUACACAAAACAAUGUCAAGAUAUGUUUUAUCAAAACCAACCUUUAUAACAAGUCUCGUUGAACUAUGUGAAAAAUUACAUAGGAUCAAAGUGUAUGGAUGGAAUCUAACAGAUCAUCACGUACAAUCUUUAUCACAAUAUUGCCCGGAACUUAAAGAAAUCCUAGUUGUUGGCAAUAGUCAAUUGACUUAUAAAGCAUUCAAUUCACUAAUGAGUUGUAUACCUAAUCUUCUUGUAUUGGAUUUGGAUGGCGAUUUUAAUCUUUCUGAUAAUUUUGCAGAAGCAUUAGCAAUCAAAUGCCCAUCGCUAGUCUCUCUUAAACUUUCAACAAAGGCAAUAUCUGAAAAAGGGUUUGAUAUAUUAGCAACAAAAUUAACAAAACUCAAUAAUUUAGUAUUACAAAAUUGUUCCAACCUUACUGAUAAAAAUAUAGAACAUUUUGCAGAAAAAAAUCCUAAACUGCAAAAUCUUCAAUUAUUGGGUGAAACACUCACAAUAAAAUCAUUUAAAGUUGUAAUGUAUCUGAAAGAAUUAAUAAAUUUUGAUCUCAGGUGCUUACAAGAAGUUGAUAAUCUGUCAAAUGAAAUAGAAUGGUUAAGACCAGUUUGUCACAACCUGCGUAUUAUCACGCUUGAAAACUUACCAAUUAAUGAUGACGCAAUUUCAGCAAUCACUGUGCACUGUAAACAUUUGGAGAAAAUUGGACUUUCAAAAUGUCCACAUAUUACAAAUAACUCGAUCAACAGUAUUGCAAAAAAUGAAAAUAAUCUUUAUGUAUUAGACCUAAUUGAAUGCAAAAACGUCACAGAUAUGUCUCUUAAAUAUCUUGGUCGUAAAACCAAUUCUUCACUUACCCACAUUAUUAUAGACUCAUGUGGUCAAUUUAUUCCAGAAACUGUGCACUGGUUUGUCAAAUCUUCACCAAAACUUGAGAAAAUAGUUUUCAAUGGAACACCUUCUAUUACCAAUUCUUUUGUUUAUCAAUUUGCCACAGAACAACAAAAUGCAAGCUAUGACUCAGACUCAGUUGGUGAUGCUCAUCAAAAAUGCACCAUUGAAAAAGAAAAUAUCAAAAAAUUAGCUCAAUUCCAACAGAAAAUGCCUCUCUCAUUCCCAAAUACAUUAAAAAUUCCAGAAGAUAAACUUGAUGCAUUAUCUUCAGAAUUAGGUUUAUCUUCAGAAGUUAUUGGGAUUGCUCUUAAAAAACAAAAGAAGGACUUAAGGGAAAUCAUACGUUUGCCAUACAAUCAAUUUGAAAUGAGUCCUGCUGUUUCUGAAUUAGUUAAACUUCUCUUAGAAAAAUCCAAGAGCCUAAACAAAAGGGGAAUGAUGGUUUCGCUCCCACCUAUACCAAUGGAUUUUGAAGGAGACAACGAAGAAUUUGAAGAUAUAUGCAUAAUGCAUAAAAUCGUAGACUCAAUGGCUGAAGAAGUUUCGGAGGCUUCUCAACGAUGGAUGGAUGAUUCUGGGGAACUCAGAGUCAGUCACAAACCUGAUUUUUGGGUGAAGUCUUCGAUUAAUGCUGGUGAUGUGGAAGUAUGUCUUAUGGAGGCUUUGCGUGUUCUUCCGACUGAUAAAAAGAUCUGUGAUGACUGGGAUAAGCUGAUAAAGCUUAUGAAAGACACUCACGUGCAGUUAUUGAGGAAGCUCACUAGAGGAAGAGGUGGGGAAAUGAAGGACCUGGAAGAAGAUUUUAACAGAGUUCCAGUAUUUGGUAUCCAAGUUGCUGCUUUCUACUUUGUUCAGCUUCUUGGAUCAGUACAAAUCCCUAUGAAUCGAGGCCAGUCUUCGCUUGCUGGAUUUGUGAAUGAAUUAUGA